CAAGAUACGACCCUUGGAAGAUUUUGUAAUUUAUACAGAAAUGUAUCAAUGUCCACUGCUGCGUAUCAGCAAAAGGUAGCAUGGAAGUUUCAAAAGAAGAAAUUAUUAUACUCGAGUUAAUGCCAUAUCUAUUUUACAAUAGAAUGCUGAAUUAUAUGGAGAACAAUUUCGACGAUAUUAUAGACGAUUUUUUAUAUGGUGAUCGGAAGCCAACCAAGGAUAUGAUUACAAGAGCUGGAUUAAAGUUCAGGGACUGUUUCAAAAAAGGUGAAAUGGAUACAUUUUUUACAGAAAACUCAAAAGAUGUGGAUGUGAUAUCUCUUCGUCAAAGUAAAGAAUUUAGCCACCUUUUUAUGCUGAUGUAUCUAUGUUAUGUCAAAAAAGUGGUAUCAGAUGAACUAGAAGAAUUCUUAAAAUUUAAAUGGAAGGAAGUAAAUGUUGGGUUUGUCAUGUGUAUACAAAAAACUGUACUGGACAGUAUGAAUAUUUCGAAACACGAACUUUUACACGAAUUACCAGCAAUUGAUAGUAUAUUCGAAGAAACCACAGAAAAAAGCAAGCUGCGCAUAAUGAUACAAGGAGAAGUUGUAUCGCCGGCGAUUCAACAAAAUUUAAAAUUACCGCUCAAAAUUAAGUCUUAUUUUGUUCUUGCUCAGCUCUAUGAGAAUUACGUACAACUUACACUGCAACAUGUUGUAAAAGAUGCUGAUUCAAAGAGUGAAUAUGUUUCCGCCAUUGUAGUUGAGGAUAAAAUUGUCCCUAUUGCAAAUGUAAACGAUAAACUGCAUGAAAAUAUUUGGAGACAUCUUAUCAAAGUACACUGCAAGACGAAUCACACUUAUAAGAAGGAUGAUACAGUCUGUGACCUAUUCACUACCGAAAAAUACAAAGAGGCUUUAAAGAUGUUGAAGCCACUUGUUUCUAAAAUUUUUGGAACAACGUUUUCAAGCUUGGAUCUCGACAAAAGUAUUACGAUAGAAAUUUGCAAUCACAAUUAUUAUUUGACUCUCCGUAGAGUCAUUGAGGUUUGCAUGCGUCCUAUCUUACAGAACAUUGCAAAUGUGAUAUCAUCCUCUCUGGAUAACAUAGAUUUGUUCAAAAAUUACCCGGUGACAAAUGUGUUUAUUAUGGGAAAUGUAUUCAAUAUAAUUGAGGAGUCUUCAUUGUAUCCCGCAGUUACAUUGUUAUUACAGCAACUAUUUGAUGAAAAUAUUCUGUAUAAAGAGAGGGAUACUUUAGGAUUUGUCAUGAAAGAAUCACUUCUCCAAUUACUACAUCCGGUUAUUGGCAAACGGUUGCAUCUACUGGACAGCUUUGUGCUUGGUGAUUUACAACAAAUUUCAAGAGAAUCAUACGGAAUAUAUCUCAAACCCAUUUACUCACUUAAUAAUCACACAUCAGAGACACUACUAUCAUGUAUAAACCGCAAAGGUGGUGUUACGAGGGUUUUUGGUGAAGAUUACGCUACUGUAAUUCUUCUGAAGGGGCAAUCUAUACCUAUCACGGGAAUCACUGUUAGAUUUGAAGCUAGCAAUAUCGACAAAAAGGUAAAUGCGUACAUGUUGCUUAUAGGCAUGGUCAAAGUGUCUACGGACACUUUGGACCAAAGAAAAGCUGGUUCAUUUGAUAAAAGGACUUUUGAUAUUAUUGAUGUCCUUCGAACCCCUAUCUCAGAUAGAGGUACUCUGAUACCGCCAGUAACUUUAGAAAUAAGAUACGUUAAUCACGUCUCGUCUCUUCAGUUUUCUAUGAGGCUGACAGGUGAAGAUAAACCAAAGGAUGUUGUCCAUAUGGUUUCUGUGGAAGAGAAACUGACGGUGACUUAUCUUUAAUUUGAAUGUGAAUAUCAAUUAUUUAUUUUACUGUUUCUUCUCUCACUUAAAUAUCGAUAAAUGAUGUAUGUAUUUAAAUCCCAAUAAAGCAUGAAUGUAUGAGUGUAAACCGAUUAUUCGCUC